GCAAAAUUUGUAUAUGGAUGUGGCCCCUUUCUCUACUUGAAGCUACUAAACCCUAACCUCUGGUAAAACCCCUCAAGCAAACUGCUCGCGCCGUCCACCGCCGAAAGCAACCGUAAAGACAAACAGGUUUUCGAUCCAAAGAAACAUGGAUAAUGAAGAGAAUAGCGUAAGAAGAAGAAAGAGCAGAAAAAAUGUGAGUGAAGCUAGAGAACAUAAGAAGCAAAUACAGAAUCUUCCGCACAAGGACCCAGAAUUUUAUGAGUUCUUGAAAGAGGAAGACCAGGAGUUGCUUCAGUUCCUUGAUGAGGAUAUUGAUGAAGAUGAGGAUACUGACUUGGAACAUGGAGAUCUACAGCUACCUAGUGAGGUUGAGGUUCAAGAGAAGGAACAAAAGUUUUCUAAGAAAGUUAUAACUACUUCUAUGGUUGAUUCAUGGCUCAAAUCAUUUCAAGAAAAUGGGAGCUUAAACGCGGUUCGUUCCCUGAUGAAGGCUUUUAGGACAGCAUGUCACUAUGGUGAUGAUGGGGAGAGUGAGUCUAUGAUGAAGCUUAGUGUAAUAUCUAGUGCUGUGUUCAACAAAAUAAUGUUGACUGUGCUUACUAAAAUGGAUGGGAUUCUAAGAAAAUUGCUGAACCUUCCUAAAAAAGGUGGAAGUAAAGAGACCAUAACAGAUUUAAUGACCACAAAGCAGUGGAAAAGUUAUGGCCAUUUAGUGAAGUCUUACCUUGGAAACGCUCUCCAUGUUUUGAACCAAAUGACCGACACAGGCAUGAUAUCCUAUACUCUAAUUCGGCUCAAGUCCUCUUCCGUGUUUCUGACUGCUUUUCCUUCACUCCUAAGGAAGUACAUUAAGGUGGUUCUUCAUUUCUGGGGUACUGGUGGAGGUGACCUUCCAAGUUAUGCAUUUUUGUUUUUGGAAGAUUUAUGCAUCCAUAUUAGAUCUGGAUGCAUAGAUGAAUGCUUCAGAGGAAUAUAUAAAUCCUAUGUUUUGAGCAGCCAUUUCGUAAAUGAAGGGAAACUUAAACAUAUUCAGUUUCUUCGCAUCUGCGUCAUUGGGCUUUUUCGGUUGGACCUUCAAACUGCAUAUCAGCAUGCCUUCAUAUUCAUCCGACAAUUGGCCAUGAUUUUAAGAGAAGCACUUAAUACAAAAACUACGGAAUCUUUUCGCAAGGUGUAUGGGUGGAAAUUCGUGAACUGUCUUGAACUUUGGACUGGUGCUAUCUGUGCUUACAGCUCAAAAUCUGACUUGAAGCAACUUGCAUAUCCACUGACCCAAAUAAUUUCUGGGGUAGCCCGUCUAGUUCCCACAGCCAAAUAUUUUCCCCUUAGGUUGAGAUGUAUCAGAAUGUUGAACCAGCUUGCGGCUUCUACACAAUCUUUUAUUCCAGUGUCUAUACUCCUUUUGGAUAUGCUGGAGAUGAAAGAGUUGAAUAGACCCCCUACAGGAGGUGUUGGCAAAGCUGUUGACUUACGCAGUGUAUUGAAGGUUAGUAAACAGACCCUAAAGACACGAGUAUUUCAAGAGGCUUGUGUUUUUUAUGUGGUUGAAGAGCUUGCUGAACACUUAGCACUGUGGAGUUACUCUGUUGCAUUCAUGGAGUUGUCUUUUAUUCCACUUGUGAGGUUGCGUAGCUUUUGUAAAUCCACCAAAGUGGAGAGGUUUCGAAAAGAAAUGAGACAGCUUAUACGCCAGGUCGAGGCUAAUUGUGACUUCGUGAAUGAGAGGCGUAUGUCAGUUUCCCUUACACCUAAUGACUCUGCAGCAGCGUCUUUUCUUGAGGAUGAAAAGUUGUCAGGCUCUAGUCCACUGUCAAAGUAUGUAAUAACACUCCGCCAGAGAUCAGAGCAAAAAAAUAACUCAUUAAUGGAAUCCAGUGUUGUUGUGGGAGAAAAUUCCUCUGUUUUUAGGAAUAAUUCAUCAGAAAGUGAUGAAAGUGAUGAUGAAGAUGAUGAUAGAAGGAAUGAGGUGGGCGCAGCUGUCUUUAGUUCGUCCUGGUUACCCGGAAAUGACUCCAAGAUAAAAGAAGAUCCUACAGAAACAAAAGGAAAGAGGAAAAAGAAGCAGAAAGAGAGAGCUAUUGAUGAUGAUGUUGUGGAGGACUUGGUACUUAGUUCUGACGAUGAUCUCCCUUCAAGCAACAGCCAUUCUGCUGGGAAAAAUGAUGCUAUAGAUCAUUUACCUCCAAAACAAAAUAAAAAACAAAAACGCAAGCAGAAGCACAAAACAAAAAGGUUGAAAUCUCACGUGGAGGAGAAAUGACAUUCUUUAAUUGGAUGAAAAUGAGAGAGCUCAGUUUUGUAGUUUUAUCAGACGUUUCCAUUUUACUAGCAUAUAUAUCUGAAUGUAAUGGCAGAUGCAAUUAUGUUUUUUAUAUACUAUUCAAGCAAUUUUGGACACAUUGUGACAUGGGAGCUGCUUGUAAGGAAAAGACUGUUUGUUUUA